UCCCAUGGCAAGGUAAGGGACUGGCAGCCACUUUGUUCUGUGCCGAGAGUUCUAGGUGCUUGUUUGAUUUUUGCAUGUGGGAUGCUGCCAGACCCCUCCUCCUCCUCCUUCUGAACUAUGCAGUUAAGCUACGUGUACUAUCAAAAGGCUCCCUCAGCAGCAGCCUGCAGUCUCUCUGCACCUGUAGCACCUGGGUUCCCCUAACCUAAGCAAGAGCCUUCAUCUUUACAAUUCCAUCACCUGGACCCAAGUGAGAUUCUGCGCCUGAAGCAUUCCAACCACUGGACCCAAACAAGAUCCUGCGCCUGUAGCAUUCCAACCACUGGACCCAAGCAAGAUCCUGCAGAAAUUUCAUGCAUAAAACUAGAAAAAAAAGAUUUUGGUAAGACCCAGUCCACCUCCUCCAGUCUUCAGAAGAAAUAUGAAGGCAAAGUCCAAAGCAGCAAGAAGGAGGAGGUCGGUCAACAUAGAAGACAUUCAUGAGCAGAGAAGUUCAAGUGAGGCGCACCUAGUCAAGUGCCCGAGUUAUAAGGAGAAGAGGAAAGGAGAGGAUGAAGAGCUAGUCAAACUCACAAGCAAAAAGAAAAGAGAGACGGCCAAUGGGAAAGAACAUAGCACCCGGAGGCUGGAGAGCAACGAGCGGGAGCGUCAGAGGAUGCACAAACUAAAUAAUGCCUUCCAGGCUCUCAGAGAAGUCAUCCCUCAUGUCCGAGCUGAGAAGAAGUUGUCCAAGAUCGAGACACUCACACUGGCCAAAAAUUAUAUAAAUACUUUAACAGCAACCAUUCUGAACAUGUCUAGCGGCUGUGCAGCUCCGGGCCAGGAGGGCAGACCCGCCAAUGGCGGAAAGCUCUUUCAGCACUAUCAACAGCAACACAGUGAUGAGGACAAUGACGGACAUUUAAAGCAGUACUCAACGCAAAUCCACAGCUUCCGGCAAGGCAGUUGAUAUAUAGAAAAACAAACUGUUUUUAUUGGGGUACAAACUCCACAUUAAUAUAUAUAUUUGAAUGCUCUGAAUAGAAACCUUAUACCAUUAACUGUUAGGGAAGUCCAUGAGCUGCACUGGUGAGACUGCUGGGAAUGUUAGUCCUUAAACAGCUGCGGUGCCAAAGGUCGCCAAUGGUGCCCUAAUGCAGGAAAUACAGGAUAUCCAACAGGUUGUGGUGCAUGAUGAUUGGAUAUUAGUGCAGUUUAGUGGGGCAGGUGAAUGGCCAAACUGCAUUGAUGUAACAGGGGUGGUCAGAUUAUAAAGCAUAAAGUGUAGACUAGAGUAGAUCCAAACCAACUAAUGGAUAUUUUAAAUUUUUUUCAAUCAUCUUUGCAGCAGAUUUUGAUCUGACAAACAGGUCAUUUUAGAAGCCCAAGCAGUUUGAUUGGAAAUGGAUUAAAUAUGUCUGUGGCCAACGUAAGAGUUCAUGAAAACACUGCCAUAUAAAUAAAUAAGUUCAUUUAUUUAGUCCGCCCAGUGUCAAGGGCCCACAGGGCCACCACCUAAAGGGCUCACCACCCUCACCCGGGGCUCACUGGGUUUCCUUUCGGUGCCCGCUGGCCCAGUCCCAGCCUGAGUUUGUCACUGAUGCUAGUGUUCUUUAAGCAAAUGUAAAUAUAUAUUAGGGCUAACUUGCCAACAAACCAGAGCUUUGCUUUCAUGUUGUCAAUCAGUUUCGGAUUAGUUGCUUGUAGGAAGUGCAGUGGUGCAACUUAGCAGCUUUCUUAGUAAAUAAGCCACCUGUAACUUCUGCACCUUUAUUAGGCAGGAAAGGUUUAGGUUCUUUAGAUGACUGGAAUCAAAUGUACAUAGGUGAUCUGGGCUGUUAAUGACUAAGAACAGAAAAUUGUGGUUUAUUGAAAUUAAAGAUGAAACAAGAUCAGAGGGUGAUUGAAUCUGCA